GUUUUAAGUGGUGCUUAAGUAAUUAUCACAGUAAAACUACUUUUUGGUUUAAAAAAUAAACAAUACACGCACUAAUAGUCAUUCCCCUAUCAGUGCCAAUUGGCAAUAUUUUAAUUACAUUGCCUGUCAUGAUUAUAGCUGUAUGAAUAACUGAUUUUUAAUAAGAUGUAAUUAAAAUACAACUACAUAGGACUCAUUAGAAGAAAAUUUAAACAUAAAAACGAAUCCGUUUAUACUGAAAUUUAAUUUUCAAAUUUUGUCACGUGAAUUUCAUCAUUACCCGAUAUCUGUGUCAAAUGACCAAUAUAUUUUGUCGGGUUACCAUUACAUCUGUCAUGUUGUCACCCCCGCACCCUUCAGUUCACCGAGUGUCACGGAUCGGAGUGCACGUCGCGGCAGCUUGCAGUUACAAUAAUAAUGAAUAAACGAAACGAAAGAAAACGAAAGAUUGACUCCCAAACUUCGAAGGAAGCACAAAGGUUAUAUAAAAGACGUAGAUAUGCCGAAAUUAAAGCUGACCCUGAACUUUACGAAAGACAAAAAGAGAAAGAAAGGGCAAAAUAUAUUAAAAAAAAGGAAAAAAAACAAGUAGUAGGCAUAAAUGAAAAAUCACCACGUGAAAUAAGACAACAAAGAAAAAAAUGGCGAGAAGCAUCGAAAAAAUAUAGGUUAAAAAAGAAACAGGAAAUUAAAUUACAAACUAUACCGCAAGCGAUUUUCGUUGAAGCCCAAGACGACAUCAAUGCUGAUAAUGAAGAACACAUCCAAAAACCUGAUCCCCUGCACAGGCCGGAAUCGAAAAGUAUCCUAUUGCGAAAAAUUCGAUACAUCGAGCAGAAGAAACGAAAAAUUCUUCAAAAUUAUAUUAUUCACCUAAAAAAGAAAAAUGAUGCCCUUAGGAAGAAAAACACCGCACUUGAAAAAAAAAUUGAACUACUGACAAAUAAAAAAAAUAUUAAACAAAAGAUACCUACGAAAACCGACAAAUUAAAAGAUGUAUUAAUACAACAACGACAAAAAGAAGAUCGGAGAACUAACACGGCUUUGGUGAGACUGGUCAAAAAUUUUUAUAAUGAUGAUAGUAACAGCACACUUGGCGCAGGUAAGAAAGAAUAUAUUACCCGACAAAAAAUUCAAAAACAGAAACGUUACUUAAACUACCCGCUGAAAAUGUUAUACCGUAAAUUUCUGGAUACACACACUGUUAAGGUAAGCUAUGGAUUUUUUUGCAAGUACAGACCGUUCUGGGUGCUCUUACCGAAACAAAAAGCUAGAGAUACCUGCAUGUGCAUAAUACACUGCAACAUUGAUUUGCUUCUUAACUGCCUUUAUAAAGCUUCUAUUAUUCAACCAAAAAACUACCAAGAGCUACUCUCACAAGUAUGUUGUAAUGUACGAAAAGAAGAAUGCUUAUCACGAAAAUGUCAUGUAUGCAAAAACAAAGCUGUUAUAGCAUGUAACGAGUUCUCAAAUGAUCAGUUAUUGAUCUAUAAUCAAUGGGUUCGCUGCAAAAAUACUGUGCGACCAAAAAAGGGCACAGCCAAAGUUAAUAUGAUAACCACAAAAAAACAAUUUCUUGGAUCUCCACUUGAAGUGCUUGACACCCUUAAUGAACAGUUACCAAAAUUUUUUGAACACUGCUAUAAAAUUCAAACGCAAUAUAUCAACAUGAAGAAUUUAAAAGAAACUUUAACAGUAUCAGAAGCUAUUAUACACAUUGACUUCUCAGAAAACUAUAGUCUUAAAUUCGGAACCGAAGUUCAAUCAUUUCACUUUGGUGGAAGCCGUAAAGAAGUGACACUUCAUACUGCUGUGGUAUAUACCUUCGACUUCCAGCAUAGCGCAAUUGGAACAACUUGUGUUUGUACCGUCAGUCCAUGCGUAAGGCACGAUCCUUCUGCUGUUUGGGCUCAUUUGAUCCCCCUCAUAGAUGUGGUCAUAAAAGCAAACCCAUUUAUAGAAACUCUUCAUUUUCAAUCAGACUCACCCACAUCACAAUAUCGGAAUAAAUAUAUAUUUUUUAUGAUAACUCAAUUAUGGAAAGAUUUUCCAAACAUAAAAAAAGUUACAUGGAAUUAUACUGAAGCAGGGCACGGAAAGGGUGCCCCUGAUGGCGUAGGCGCGGUAUUAAAGCGGACUGCUGAUUCUCUUGUUAAUUGUGGACAUGAUAUCGGGACAUUUGAACAGUUUUUGAGAUGUAUUCAAGAAAACAUUCAAAAUAUUGAAAUACUACAAGUAACUGAAGAAAAUAUUAAAGAUAGAGAAAGGCACCUGAAAACUAAUUUGAAACCAUUUAGUGGCACCCUUUCCGUGCAUCAAGUGAUGUGGGAGAGAUAUUCUAACUAUUUAACUUUUAGGAAAACCAGUUGUUUUGCAUGCGAGGUAGGAAGCGUAUGUGAACAUGGAAAACACUUAGGUUUUCAUAAAAUACCAUUGCCAGAUGAUCUAAAAGAGUCACAACAUCAGCUAGAUGAUGGUGGUGUUGUGACUCUUGCAUCUACAAGACCACCUAAGCGAAUACUCUCUAAUAUUACUAAUACCCCUAUACCAUCAACAUCACGAAUAGUGACGCUCAAAGGGAAGCAAGCAGCUAACAUCGUUUUUUUGAAAAAAGCCUAAAUGACCAAUUAACAGUAUACUUAUUUGAUUUCUUAUUUUUAAUUUGACAUAAAUAAAAAUUGUGAUUAAACUUUUAAGAAAAACUAAUCAAUAAGACCAAAAAUGAGACCAAAGAUCAGAGUAAUGAAUAAAGAGGAAGUAAAUUUAAAAGGUUUUCCACUUUGUCGUCGACAUCGGUCGGCACUCCGACCGACGGCAAGUUCCGACCGAUGUUUUCAAUGCAGUUGGCUCUGCGGCAAAGUACCGCUUGACUUUGUCUACUUGAUUAAAACUGUGAUCAGGGUAGAUAUUUAGAUUUAGUUUCUUCACUUUGUCGCAAAAUGUCGCUUGUCUUUAUCUACUUAAACCUGUGAUCUAAAUAUAAAAAAACUUUACUUGUAGUCUAAGAUCCGAUUAAGGAGAACCUUCACCGAGCUGUUUAAUGGAGGAAAAUGAUUUUAUAUUAAAUCUAAUAUAUUAAAUACUAAAACGCGAAUGGUUCGCCAAAGAAAUUCCUGGCAUAACAUUUUAUUUAAUUGAUUUUUUUAAAGGCACCAAUGUGUUAACGAAUAAAUUUAAUACUAAACGAAAGGCAUCAUAGCCUAUAGAAUUUAUAUACGUUGAGUUUUCUAUUUGUUUCCUGGUAUAACUACUGGGCUGUCAGGUAUAAACAAGUAUGUCGAUACGUAGCAUGCUAGGAAAGGAAAAGAAAAGUGAAAGUUUUUAUAUUCAAUGAGCUAUGAUGCCUUUCGUUUAGUAUUAAAUUUAUUCAUAAAGCAAAUAGGCAUUAAAAAAAGUCAAUAAAAAAAUUUAUAUAAAAUAAUUUUCAUCCGUUAAACAGCUCGGUGCAGGUCCUCCUUAAUCGUAUCCUCUACUAUUGUGACGACUUAAUAACGAAUUUUGAUAUUAUUUUUGUGUUUACAUAUUGUGUGUACAUUAACAUAUAAGAGAAGAAUUGUUACGACAUUUAAAAAUUAUGUUAACAGAAUUUAUUGUGAUUGUGUAGUUUUUAAUAUUAAAGAUUUUAAGAUAAAAAUCA